UUAGUGCUUACCUUUACACGUGAUAAUAACACAUAAACACAGAAUAGGAAAAUAAUAUUCUGGGCUGUGAGCUACAUAGUCUGUACAAGUAGUAGGUACAAGUGUACAACCGUACUACAGAUACUAUUUUUUUUUUAUAGGUACAUAGUACAAACUAGAUACUUUACUGGUAUAGAAGAAAAAAUAUUUUUAACUAAAUGAUAGAUUAUUUUUUUUAUACAUAUAAAUAAUCAUCAAGCAUGUCUAAACAGUUAUUAAAAUAUAUUAUCACAAAAAGUUGUUUAAGAAGCAGAAUACAUAAUAUGAAAUAUAUGAGUACAGUAAAUAAUGAAAAACUUAUUAAAGUAACUUUUAACAAAGCCAAUGGUGACAAAAUUACUGCUGAAGGCAAAAAAGGAGAUUCUUUAUUGGAUGUCAUCAUCAAUAAUAAUUUAGAUUUUGAUGGAUAUGGAGCAUGUGAAGGUACAUUAACAUGUUCUACCUGUCAUGUGAUUUUAGAUCCUAAAGAUUAUGAUGCAUUACCUGAAAAACCUUCAGAUGAAGAAUUAGAUAUGUUAGAUUUAGCAUAUAACUUAACUGAUACAUCUCGAUUAGGAUGUCAAAUAAUUUUAGAAGAGAAGUUAGAUGGCUUAGAAGUCAAAGUACCAGCUACAGUUAAUGAUGCUAGGUAUAAUUAAAGUAUAUAUUUUAAAAAAUAUAAUUUUUCAUUUUUUAUAUCAACAUAUAUUAUCUAUAAAUCUUAGCUAGAACUUAAGGGAGAGAGAGGAAUUUAAAUGUUUAGAUGUUUUUUUUUUAAAAAUUUAUGUUUAAUAUACAAUAGAAAUUGUUUACAACAACAUCGAAUAUGCUAAUUUCUACAAAUAUUUAAUUAUUUAUAUUUCUUGUAAGUAGCAAGAUUUUAUAAGCUUUGGCCAAUUUGUUGUUAUAACCAGUUUUUUGUAUUUUAAUUUUAACUUAUUAUAUUAUGUAACUUUUCUUUAGUCAUGCAGGGUAUUUUUUAUGUUCUCUCUUAUAGUAAAAAUUUUAACUAAAAAAUAGACCAACUUCUGUGUACCUCCUAUUU